CUAACAGUACAGUAUCGUUUGUCUCAUUUACUGUGAUUAAGAAGUAGAGUGGCCAACAGGAACAGCUGUAACGGCCAGAGCAGUUUCUGUCACCGGCUGUGUGUCUCCGAUAUCAGGAAAGAUGACUUCUGCACUGUCUGAUCCAACUCUGGAGAGACAUUUCAAGGGUCACAGGGACACUGUGACAAGUGUGGACUUCAGCUGCAACAUGAAACAGAUUGCCACAGGCUCAAUGGACUCAUGUGUGAUGAUCUGGAACAUGAAACCUCAGAUGCGAGCAUAUCGUUUUGAUGGACACAAAGAUGCUGUCAUUUCAGUUCAGUUUUCUCCCUCUGGCCACCUGGUAGCCUCUGCCUCCAGAGACAAGACUGUACGCCUGUGGGUGCCCAGCAUGAAGGCUGAGUCAACAGCAUUCAAGGCUCACACUGCCACCGUGCGCAGCGUUAACUUUUCAGGUGAUGGGCAGACCCUUGUCACAGCCUCAGACGACAAGACCAUCAAAGUGUGGACUGUCCACAGGCAAAAGUUUCUCUUCUCUCUCAACCAACACAUCAACUGGGUCCGCUGUGCCAAAUUCUCUCCAGAUGAUCGUUUGAUUGUGUCGUCCAGUGAUGAUAAGACUAUAAAGCUGUGGGACAAGAACAGCAGAGAGUGUAUUCAUUCUUUCUAUGAACAUGCUGGCUAUGCAAACCAUGUGGACUUCCAUCCGAGUGGAACAUGCAUCGCUGCGGCUAGUACUGACAACUCUGUCAAGGUGUGGGACAUCAGAUCCCAUAAGAUGCUACAGCACUACCAAGUCCACAGUGGUGUGGUGAACAGCUUGUCUUUCCACCCAGCUGGUAAUUUCCUCAUCACUGCAUCCAGCGAUUCCACAAUGAAGAUACUGGACCUUGUAGAGGGCAAACUACUCUAUACACUGCACGGACAUCAGGGUCCAGUGACUUGUGUGGCCUUCUCCAAGACAGGAGAGUACUUUGCCUGUGGAGGUUCUGAUGAACAGGUAAUGGUGUGGAAGAGCAACUUUGACUGUGCUGAAUGCAGUGAUGGCGUCAGGCUGCAGCAUAAAUCUACUCCCAGCUUGCAGCCACCACCAGCCAGCUCCACGGCUCACCCCCCCUUUAACUCACAUCCAUCUGUGCUCCGCAGCCAGGCUUCUGAACCAGAACAUUUUAACGGACAGGACUCCCACACUGCUGCCCACACUCAGAGCGGCAGUCGCAGCGGCAGCCACAGCAGAGCGACUCAUUCCCACACCUACAGAAACCCCAGCACCACCUCCUCCUCCACCCACCAGGCGCAGACCCAGGGCCCACCACUGCAUUCACCCCAGGUUCAAGCACAGUCCUCCGAUGGAGGCGUACCCCCCGGUCUAGCCAGCACUCUGGAACACAUAAUAGGUCAACUGGAUAUUCUCACUCAGACGGUUUCGAUCUUGGAGCAGCGGCUGACGCUGACGGAGGACAAGCUCAAAGAGUGUUUGGAGAACCAGAUGGAGAUCGGUCUACGUCUCCAGGGACAAGAGGAGGACUAAAGAUGGCGGCGUCAGAGAAAGGUUGAGCUGCGGUGUGAGGGAAAUGGGGUCACAUCGACACUAUUAGCAGAAACACACAUAGAGUGCCCUCUCGCUGUUGUUGGAUCCCACUUAAAAAGUGCGAGCUUACACACAGUGACCCGCUCACACGUUUAGCGAGGAGUUGACCUGGACCGCUUUCCCUGCUGGACUUUAAAAGCACGCUGAGCCUCACUGCCGAUGUGCUGUGUCUGCCUAUUUUACAAAGAGAUAUCAGAAGUGAAGGAGUUGAAUAUUAGAGAAGUUGCUCCUCUACAACAGUGCUGAGAGCGCAGUCCCUUUUAUGCUGACGAAGGACCUGCUACUAGUCACUGUGUGUGUGUGUGUGUGCGUGUGUGUGCGCGCGUGCGAGCACAAUGCCUGCAAAAGUGUCGACACGUGCAAGAGACUUUCAUACUUGUCUGUGCACCGCUCAUGGAUGUUUUAACUCUACUCAAUGUUUGUGCAAAAUGGAGUCCAUUAAAAUGCUCUUUUUCGUUGAAUAACAGCCAAAAAGCACAGAAGGCACCGUGACUGUUUUUACAGGCAAACUGGAGAAAGCUAUUCAAUGAAAAAGUCAUGAGUCACUGCUCAGAGAGUGACAACCACAUUAUUAGUGGACAACAAGGAAUUGAUCCUCAUCAUGAUAUUGUUUGUGUAGCUAAAGCUAAAGCUAAAUACUGAUAUAUGUGUGCGCCAUUGCUCAAAUACUGUUAAAAACACACCAAUGAGCCACACCGUUGCUCUGAGGUAAAUACUACCACAGAUUGAUACGCUGGAUUGGUGUUUGCACCAAUUCUGGCCUUAUUAAGCGGCUGGGGUAUCAGCUGUGACGACUGAUCACAAUAAGUGCAGUUUCUUUGUCGGCAUGGUUAUAAGGAUUACGUGUUUCCACCAUCAGUUACGUUCAUUCAGUCAUGGCAACCUCCCAGCUCAGGUUGUUGGUACCACAGCAAUCCCUGGCCUCAUGUUACCGUAACAUGAAAACGAUUUGAACGAGUCCCGCGCAGUGACUUGUCCGGAUUUAAAAUGAUAAAAAUGAGAGUGCUGGUAUUGGAUCUGCACUCUGUACCAGCUUGAGGAAAGUAGGAUUGCUGCAUCCUUAAAUACUCACUUGUGCUGCGAAUGAGUAUUAAUUCUGAUAGCAGCCUUCAUCAAAUGCAGUAGUUUCUUCGGUUUAAGAAGUCUUUGCUGCUAUUCCUGUUUUAUAUUUGAGUCUCAUUUUUAAAGAUUUACACUUGGAACAAAUGGGCUUAAGGCUGAGAGCUACAGUCAGGGUGGGGAAGUCAUGUAAAGUAAUGGCAGACUUACACUUUAAGUUACAAUGAUGGUGCUAUAUUGGAUUUUCUGUUCUGUGAGUGCAAAGCGGCUGAUUGUAAUUACUGCAGUUUAAAAGCGUCUUGUUCCGUCCCUUUAUA